CGUACACGCUUGAAUCUUUCCAGAACCCGAAGCGCGUUUCUUUGAGCCAUUAUCGUGGGUCUGCAUUGUUGUGUGCGCUCUUUCAGAUCUGGAGACGUUGGAAGUCAUUCUUUGUCCGCCCCUUACUCUACUUCAAACAAACAUCGCAAGCACAUCUGCUCAGGCUUCACAGCUCAAACAUCUUCACUAAACUUACGAACCCUAGCACGACGUCUGCGAAGAAUCAAGAGCCAUGCCGUUACAAUUAUAUAAUUACACACACAGCAAAAUGAGCUCAAGCCAGCAAAGACUAGGAAGCAUCAGCCAUUCUCGGAACCUGCCUUUCUUAGAUAAACCAUGUUACUAUGAUACCGACAAUUCACCGAGUCAGAUUACUGCGAGCACAAGCCGCGGUUGGAGACAGGAGAGCGAAUCUCUGACCUCAAUGUCGCAGUGCGAGAACGCACCCGAAGAUAGCCAACAAUUUCUGGUGCAAUAUUUCAAAUCGUAUUCGCUCCACAUCCUAGUAGCCAUAAUCGUCACACUGUUCCUCUUCGAAAUCGCCGUUCGCCUACCCUUCCUCCUCGCACUCACCUUCGCAAUCCCCUACGUCCACAUGAUGCUCACACCAGAGAAGCCCACACUGCACAACAACACUCAUCCCCGGCGAACCUGUUUGCCAGUACAAAGUUCCAAGAACGUGCACCCCAGGAGGCGACGUCACAUUUCCCGGAUUAACGUUCUUCUUGCCAUCGACAUGGUUUCCAAGCGCGAUAGACUCCGUCGACCGACCCAAAAGAGUACGCUUACAUACCACGUACCGCGAGUCGGCAUAUCAACCCAGACGUACAUUUCGUGAGGCGUUGGGAGACACGGGACCCAGGCUAUUGAAGAAGUGGGGUGCAUUCGCUCUUGAAACUUUGUGCUUCCAGAUCACUUCCCGUAUUAUGAUGCAUAUCUCACAGGCUGCAUACGAAACGAUGUCUGGCAAAGACGUCGAUGACAACUUCGUGCACAUUUACGUCAUGAGCGUUUUGCGCUUCUACAAAGACUGGACUGUGGGAUUGAGCUCUAUCGCUUGGUGGGUCGUGAAGAGGACUGUUGGGAAGAUAUUGUUGUCGCUGGGGAAAGAGACUG